AUUUCUGGCUCUCGUACAAAGCGCAACGUCGAAACGGACGGCUCGUACGGUCGCUCGGUCGCUAAUGUGUUGUGUGUGUGUGUCGGUGUCGGUUUCGGUCUGUUUUUCGUCUUUACUGCUGCUUGACAAAUGCAAAUGCAACACAAAUACGCAGUGUUAUUUGAAAAAUUAAGAUGCAAAAAUAUACAAAACAAAAAAAUUUACAAGUGCUGAAAACCAAUGAGUAACUGUUCGCAUAGGGCAUCAUCUACCCAAAGUAUAUUGUACUAAAAACCGCAACCCUUUCACUUAAAAAAAAACUCACUGAGAAUCCAAAGUGCAACAACCAACAACAACAGCAACAAAUAAACGAGCCAAACGAGUUUCAAUCAGCCAAUAACCAAUAAGCCAAACCAAAUACAGCAACAACUUGGCCCGUUAGUGCGCCAUCGUGGCCUAUAUUCAAAAUAGAUCAGCCUCAGUCGCAGAUCAGCAGCAGCGCUGUCAAAAUGCUAACAACAACAACAACAGCAACUUGAGAACGCAACCAAAAAAAAAAACAAGUUUCAUGCUAAAAUAAUAAUAAUAAAUAAACGCAAUACAAAGUUUCAGUGCAAGUCUUAAAGUUGCAGACGAGAAGUCGCGCAAAAAAAGUGACCUACAAAUACUGGUUUUACAACCAACAAGCAACAACCAACAACAACUCGUGAGAACCAACAACAACAACGGAAAAUGCAGUCAACAGUUGCGGCUAAGCGGCCGGGUCCGCCAGUGCCGCCCAGGCCCAAAACAGCAGCAGCAGCAGCAGCAGCAGCAGCAACAGCAACUGCAACAGCAACAGCAGCAACAGUUGCCGCUGCGGCACCCGCCACGCCGCCCAUCAUCCAAAAGAAGCCCACAUUUGUUAGCCAACUGAGCGCCGUAGGUCGCACCCUUGUCUACAAGUCGCCCUCGCUGAAUCUCAAUCAGAAGAAGCAGGCGCAAACACAAACGCCCACCAUGGCGCUAGUUGCAACUGCAACAACAACAGCAACAGUUGCUGCUGCUCCAGCAGCAACACCAACAACAGCAACAGUUGCGCCCGCAACGGCGCCAAAGCCGCCUUUGAAGCUACGCAAGGCGCCCGCUGUGCCCACAGCUAAACCUCGUGACUCGGUGCUGAUCAGCGUGAAUCGCGCCAAUUCUCUCAGUGCACAGUCGACGCCCGCCUUGAAGGAUACCCGCCUCAGCCUGGGCAAGGUUGAUUUUGAGCGGGCGGGUCUAUUGCCCACCACCCAACCGUUGCCCAAGCCACGUAAAAUUGUUCAAUUGCCGGUGGCCACACUCGAUAUGGAUGAUGAUGAUGAUGAAGAGGCGGCGGCAGCGUCGGUAGUGCUUAUGCCCUCCACAUUUGUGGUGCCACCCGCAACGCCAGCGAAUAGCAUUUUUCGUCGCUCCAAGACCACACUGGACAGUCCCAUCUCCUCCACAAAUCAUGGUGGCAGUUAUCUGGGUGGCAAAACAGUCGAAUUCAAGAAUAAUCUAAAGAAUGCCGCCGAACGUCUGUUCGCGGAGAUCAUCAUCAGUCAAUCGCAGAAGCAAUCUGCAACGGAUACGACCAUUAUAACGAAGCACGAGCGUGCCAUUCAACAUCAGGCGCUGUUCGAGCAGGAACUCGAACGGGGACGGGAGCGAGAGAGGGAACGGGAGCGGGCAAGGCUGAGGUGCGAGCGGGAGCAGCAACAGAAACAGCAGCAGGAACAGCAGGUUACCAUUCAGGCAGCAGGCAAUUGUACCCGCAUCAACAUCAAUCCCCUCGCCACUUCGCAAUCUGCCCCGAAGACCUCGUUGAGUGCUGGCAAUACGCCGGUUAAGAAACAUGCUUUUCAUGAGCUACUCAUCUCGGAGCUGGCAGCGAUGCGCAAUCGUUCUUGUUCACUGGAACAGUUGCCCACGAAAUCACAAUCGUUGGCCAUGCCCAUUAAGACAAUGCCACGCCCACGCUAUAAUUCUAUUGAGGAUGCCGACACGGAGGAUGUGGAUGCCGAUAACGUGGAGGAUGCCGAUGGCGAUGAGGAGGAUACGCUAACUUAUGCCAUCAAAAAGUCCCUCAAAGAGAACAGCAACAACAACAACAGCAGCAACAAUAACAGCAACAACAACAAAGAUGAUAAUCUAAACGGCAGUUCAACGCCUCGGAAACGUUGCCCCUCGGGCUGCUCCUCGGAUUCAUCGCCCUAUGGCACGGAGAGAUCACAGCGGAUCAGAACCUCUGACUGGAUCGAGGUGGGAGACAAUGGCAAGCAGGUGACUCUGACCAGUUGUCACAUCUCGCUGGAGGAUUCGGGCAUGGAGGAUGAGGAGCGAUUGGAUGACAUGUCCUCGUCGGGCGUCGGCGACAGCUGGGACAGCGUCAAGGAGGCCGAACGAGAGAACGAGAAACGUUGUCGUAACGUCAAACGCGGAAUGUCGAUAAGCGGCUUGCCGCCAUUGCCAAAAUCUCUUAGCGGUUUCAACAAGCUGCUCGGCUCCGAUUCGGGACUACUCAGCGAUGUUGAGGCACAGCAGGAGUUGGAAAACAGCAAUAACAACAACAACGACAACAACAAGGAGAACGAGAGCGGCAACAAAUUAGCAAGCCAAAUAGUUAGUGAUAACAAAAGCAACAACAACAAUUUGAACAGCGAUAAGCAGGCAUCUAAAGACAGCAGCAGCAAAGAUAAUGCAAACGAUAAAUCAGCAACGGCCACAGCAGAGUCAGCCUCACUAACAACAACAACAACACCAACAACAGCAACAACAAACCUGGCUGCCAAUGCAAGUAAAAAUGAAAACAAUUCAACAACAACAACAACAACGACAGCAGCAACAGCAACGACAAUAAUAACAACAACGAAAGCGACAACAACAGCGCCAAGCUCACCUGCAAAAAUCAAUGUAACGGGCAGCACUCUGGACGCUCAGAUAGCGACGCUGCGAAAGGAAAUGUACGGACUGCGUCAAUUGGAUCUCUCUCUGCUGUCACAAUUGUGGGCGCUAAACGACUCCAUACAGGAGUUUCGCACGAUGAUCGAGGAGCAGGACGACGAAGAGGAUGAUGAUGGCGAUGUUGAUGUCGAUGUCGAGCUGGAUGAGCAGGGCAAUCGUAGGCAUUCGCCGACACCAUCAUCCUAUGAUUCUGUUAGCUCUGAAGGCGGCGUCGAGGAUGCGGAUCUUGUAAUGCAGGCCAAGGCGAAGCGUCUGGGCACCAUACCAAAGGUCAUAACGACGCAGCCAAAGCAUCAGCAGCAGCAGCAGCUAAAAUCUGAUGUAAAGCCAGUGCCGAGGAUGCGCAGUGCACCACCCCCACCACCGCCGGUGGCAUUGGUGUGCACCGCUCGGAAGGCGGCGGCUCCGCCACGACCCACAUGAUGUUACCUAACCGACUUCCUCGCCGGAGUCAGGAUGGUCAUGUGCAAGGCGAUUGUGAGCGAAGUGCCGCCGCCGCCGCCCCCGACGACGCCGACUCCAACGUCGAAGUCGACGACGUCAACAUUGGGCAGCAUUUGAACAGGAGCUGAAGUUGGAGCUGAAGUUGUAGUUGGAGCUGGAGCUGGAGCUGGACCUGGGAGCUGGAGCAGCACUUGGCGAGUUGAAAGUCAGAUCACGAAUGGUUUUUAAUUGUGGCAUGCACCAUCCCUAGUUAGUUUACAAUAAACGAUAAACGAUAUGCGAUAAACGUGGGAUACUCUAUAUCUAUCAAUUAACUAUAUAUACAUAUGCAUAUGUGAGCGAUUAGAGCGCUACUUACUUAGCUUGUAAGCCGCAAAUAGCCUUUAAGUUUAGCAGUCCUUUGUGUGAUCUUCAGUUUGUAAGUUUAUUGUAAAUUGUUUUUUUUUCUUCUGCUUUCUUCUACUUCUUCUUCUGCGUUGGCCUCCAAUUUGGGGACUACGUUUUGGGGUUAUUUUAUUCAAAGGCAUGGUGGGUUCAGCUAUAUAACAUACAUUUUACCUACACAUAAAACAUAUAUUUCUUCCUGUCCUUAUCAUAUACAAAAAAAAUAUAUUUUAUGAUUUACGAUUAAACUAACUUAAUCCACCAUUUUUAAACUAUAGUCUUUCAGAUUGUAACUGUAAUUGCUAAAUUAAAAUCUAAAAUGUUGCUGUAGACAUAAGUUAGGAAUCUGCACUUACUUGUAUAUACUAUUUAGAAGCCUGUCACUAAUAAAACAAUCUGCACUAUAAUUCUCACCUUGGCUUGCAACUUCAAAUAAUAUUAUAUCUAACGAGAAGCGAAAAUAAACAAUCUAAAAGCGAAAUGAAAAA